GCUCCGGGAAGGGAUAGUCGUGGGGGCGGGUGGUUGCCUGCUGAUUGCAGCCACGGGUCAUGUGACCGGAAGGGCUCCUGACGGACGCCGUCCCUCCUCGGCGCCGUCUGAGCGCCCGGCCCGACCCCGGCCAUGGGGUGCUGCUACAGCAGCGAGAACGAGGACUCGGACCAGGACCGAGAGGAACGGAAGCUGCUGCUGGAUCCUAGCAGCCCCCCUACCAAAGCCCUCAAUGGAGCUGAGCCCAACUACCACAGCCUGCCUUCUGCUCGCACAGAUGAGCAGGCCCUGCUCUCCUCCAUUCUUGCCAAAACAGCCAGCAACAUCAUCGAUGUGUCUGCUGCAGACUCCCAGGGUAUGGAGCAGCAUGAGUACAUGGACCGGGCAAGGCAGUACAGCACUCGCCUGGCUGUGCUGAGCAGCAGCCUGACCCAUUGGAAGAAGCUGCCGCCACUGCCGUCUCUUACCAGCCAGCCCCACCAAGUGCUGGCCAGUGAGCCCAUCCCCUUCUCCGACUUGCAGCAGGUCUCCAGGAUAGCUGCUUAUGCCUACAGUGCACUUUCUCAGAUCCGCGUGGAUGCAAAAGAGGAGCUGGUUGUACAGUUUGGGAUUCCAUGAAGACAGAGGUCCUUGAACAGCUCUUCUUCUCUUCUCUUCACCCCGUCUCCACCCUGCCUCCCCUGGCCCCCAAGCCUCAGUGCGACUUACACAGUACCCUAACCUGCUACUAAUCACAGAGAAGUAUGUGGAGGAGGAGGAGAAGAGCGAGGCUAGAAGCCUGAGCAAGUGAGGAUAGAGCAAGGGAGGGUUAGAACCAUUUGGGACUGGCCUUCAAAGCCCUGGCCAGGGGUGGGGUGGGGGUCAAAAGGAUAGGGCCUGGGAGGUACCACUGUGAGGGUGAUCACUAGGGGGCCUGUGGAGGCCUUCUUCCCACUCUUUCUCUUGGCCUCACUCCUGUGCCCCUCUCCCUGACUUGGUGCUCAUAUGCACCUCACUAGGGUUUGUGACCAGCGUCUGGACGAGCUUGAAUUUGGAUGAAUUGAGUUUGUAUUUCUAAUACCCUGGGUUUUUACAUGGUUGGGGAUUUUUUUGGUUUUGUUUUGGUUUGUCUCCCUUGAUAAAGGAAAUGUAUUCAUCUGUG